AUGUAUGUGUAUGAGGAUUUUAUAUGUGAAACCCCCAACGAGGAUACAGUAACUACGUAUAGUUCUGAAAAGCAAUCAGUGUAUAAUUGGGUGAAGAAAUACUGCGAAAACAAUCCUUGGUUGAUCUCAGUAAAUCAAGCUUAUAUCAAUGACGGUUUUAAUUUAUACGGAUUAAGCGAAAUUAUUAACAAUUACAGUGCAGCUCUUAAUGUUAUAAAAGAUAAGCCUCCAAAAAGCGGAACAGAAAAUAUUGAUGAAAUCAACAAAGAUGCAAUCGAUCUUUAUCACUUAAUUCAUCAGCGAUUCCUAUUGACUAUCGGAAGUGUCCAACAGAUGCAAGAAAAGUAUAACGCUUGCGUAUAUGGACAAUGCCCAAGAGUUAAUUGCCAUCAUUCACGCUUAUUACCAAUCGGAAUAUCUCCAAAAUGUAAUUAUUCAACAGUUAAAUUAUACUGCUUCUCUUGCAACGAUGUUUACGAUGCCCCAUCUAAUAUCAAGUACGAUGGAGCUGCUUUCGGACCAUACUUCCCACAAUUCUUUAAACAGGCAUGCACAUUUAACUCUAAUAAGACUACAAAUAAAAAUUCAGAGCUUACAUACAUGGGUAUUCCACUAGAAUCUAACGAUUACAUGAAUAGAGCUGCUUACAUUCAUGGAAAUCUUGAUCAAGAGGUGAAAAACUAA